GGUGUACUUGUUCUGCUGUUGGUUUGUGAUCCACAGAACUGAAAAUUUGUGGAUUCAGCAAUAAUUAUAGUUAGCUUUAGAAAUACGACAGCCGGAGUCUAAAUGUCCAGAGCUGCUGGCAAAUGACUGUGAUAUGCUACUUAAGACUCCAUUAAGCAAAAAUCUCACCUCAGAGGAGAUUGAAGCCAAGCUAAAGGAAGUGCUCUUGGUUUUAAUGUUCACAACAAAGACAUCUUCUUAAGGUCUCACAAAGCCCACCUGACACGCAGACUCAUUCUUGGCAUUUCUGCUGACAGUGAGAUGGAGGAGAACAUAAUGGAGUGGCUCAGGGUAAGAGUGCUUGCUCACAAUAUGAACAAAUUAGGAAAUGUUCUGAUGGUGUAAUAAUCUUUCGGGGUGUUUUUUAUGAGGUUGGAAUGUCGGCUGAUUAUGUCAACAAGCUGGCCAGAAUAUUCCAGGACAUUAAAGUAUCAGAAGAUAUGAAUCAGUCAUUUAAGGAAAUGCACGAACACAACAAACUUGCAUUACCAGGUCUGAUAUGCCAGCUCUGAACCACACCUCAUUCUCUUCAGCUUGGAUGUCUGAAUGUGCAAGUUUGACUUUUUCUAUCUGUCUCGACACUACAGCCGAAUCUGUCAAUAUAAAGAUCUUAAAUGCUGGAGCAUGGUCUCGUAGUUCAGAAAAAGUGUUUGUAUCUUUACCCACUAAACUAGAAGAUCUCAUUUCUAAAGUCGAGGAGUUUUACAAGAAGAACAGCAGCUGGAAAUUACACUGGCACCAGAUGUCCAGUGGCAUAAUCACAUUUAAGAAUAAAUUCAGACAAUAUGAUUUAGAGGUCACGACAUUCCAGUUAGCUGUUCUGUUUGCCUGGAACCAAAGACCCAGGGAGAAGAUAUUUGGUUUUGAAAACCUGAAACUAGCCACAGAACUUCCAGAUGCUGAGCUCCGCUGGACUCUCUGGAUAAUGGAGUUUUUAUCUUUAUGAAAUGUAAACUAGGAGAACAUGCCCUGGACAUGAGGGCGAUUUUAAUCAUAAUAAAAUACCACAAUGUUUGACUGAAUACUGCCUAAUGUUUUUUUUCUGUUUAUAUGUAGUUCCUUGUAGCCUUUCCCAAACUAAAAUGCCAGGUGCUGUCAUAUGAACCUGUGGCGGGCUCUCCAAAAGACUUCACAGAAGGCACAUUGUUUUACAUCAACCAAGAAUUUUC